AGCGCGCUCUGUGGUCGGUUAUAUCAGUCUUUGCGAACGCAUACCUGCGGAACCGAAGCAUCCGCGAUGGCUCGAUCGUGCGUUUUCCGAAUCGGCUUGAGAGUCUGUGUCUUCACAAUUUUCUCGAUCUCUCUCUCUGUAUUCUUGCUGUGGAGCUCGCUGCUGAAGUAUGAACUUCUCAGAACUGGAGCUCUGACCGAGGGGAGUUUAGCAGCGCGAUUGUACGAGACGAUACCGUUCGACGUGCGACAGAAUGUUUACGUAUUCAAUAUCACGAAUCGAAAGGAAUUCCUUUCCGGCGCAAAGCCCCGUUUCGAGCAGCUUGGUCCGUAUACGUUCAAUCUGACCUUGCGGAAAGAAAUGUCGUGGGCAGCCGACGGCUCACUGAGCUACAAGGAGAGGCGCAUCUUCAUGUUCAAGCCGGAGCUGUCCACUGGGCAACUCUCUGAUCGGGUGUACACAGUUGACCCGGUCUAUACCGUCGCCUUGUCGGUGAUCGACACAUUGCCAGCGUACUUGCAGGCGUUCCUGAGACUGUUCAUAAAGUCGCGGAGUAUCCUAUUCGAGCGCACCGUCGACGAGAUACUAUAUUCGGGGUACUCCGACCCGCUCGCAAAUAUCGCGCAUCUUUUCAAAAAAGAUCUUCCCGUUAUCGAUGGGAAAAUAGGAUACCUGAGAGCCUUGAAUAACAGUGAUGAUGGGAGCAUGACAGUGUACUCCGGCGACGCAAACACGCUCAGACAGCGGAACGAGGUUUUUCGGUGGAUGGGCCAAGACUACAUUCCUCACUACGCUGAACCGUGCAAUAAGCUCUACGGCGAGAACGGUGAACUUUUCCCGGCUUUCGAUCUGUCCGCUCCGCCCGCAGAAAUUCAUGUUUUCCAACCGAUGUUCUGCCGGCCAUGGACGCUGCACUUCAACGGAUCGAGUCGACCGUAUGGAGUAGUGUUGGCGAAGUUCAACACCCGAGACGACAUAUUCUCACCGACGGGCGACGCUGAGUUCGAUCGAUGUCUACAGCCACGUGGUUGGCCGAGAGGAGUUUUCGAUAUCAGUGACUGCCAGCAUGGUUUCCCUGCGCUGAUAAGUUUACCGCAUUUCCUCCGGGCGGAGGAGUGCCUUGAGGACGUCGAGGGACUUGAACCCGACCCCAGUCUACAUGAUUUCGAGAUGGAAAUUUACGCACUUCUCGGUAUCCCGGUCCGACCCGCGAUCCGAGCACAAAUUAACGUCCGGAUUCAACGAAAGUUCUCUCCUGAGAGCCCCGCUCUUGUCUAUCCGAUUCUUUGGCAAGAAAUCGUUCUGGCAGAGCAGGACAGCGAAUAUCUGAGCUCGAUAAUCUACUACGCCUUAUCUGUACCGAGCGUAUUACUAUGCGUGAUCCUCUUCAUUAUAUCGAGCGCCUCGUUGCUGUUCUUAAUUAUUGACAUUCGAUCCUCGAUGAGGAAGCGCCACGGAGCCGAAGAUGACGAGCGGCCGAUUUGGAGUUCCGCCGAUAUUCUGGAAAAUGACACGACAGAGCCUGCGCCACAACAGAAUCCAGAUGAUCUCCGCGACACAAGCUAGAUUUAAGAAUUGAACUAGUCUGGAAUCCUCGGAUUCCGAAUCGGGUGUGUUCCCGUUUGUUUUUGUCCGGGAAUUCGAUGGGAAUCCCGCCUCCUCAUCCGAACUGAUCCUUUGUACUGACAUCUAUGAACGAGGUGUAGCCAUCGUACGAGCACGCUUCUGGAUUCCUGCGAAUGUGAGACACUCGAUCUCCGGGGGCGGGAGAGAAGCGGGCCUUUCAGUGUGGCUCCACCUCCCGCUCAUUUUUCUCGUUCUUGACGUGAACCAUUUCACGGUCUAGGUACUCUACUCGGUAUGAGACUUUUAUUUGUAUAUGUUGUCUCUGGUCGAAUUCAUGCAACAACUGUUCCGUCAGAAUAAAUAUCAUGAGCGCGAUGCAA